AUGUCCGGCUCCAAAAGCUCGAGCCCCCCGGGCUACGCAGCGCAGACGACUGCGGCGGCGCGGGCAGGCGCGGAGCACCGCUCGGCGUGGGGAGAGGCCGACUCCCGCGCCAAUGGCUUCCCCCACGCCCCCGGGGGCUCGGGCCGCGGCGGCUCCACCAAGACGCCCCGGGGAGCAGUGACCGCGCAGCAGCUCCCGCGCCUGGCGGGCCGCUGGCGCUGCGGCGGCGACGACGACGACCCUCCGCUGAGCGGCGACGACCCCCUGGUCGGGGGCUUCGGCUUCAGCUUCCGCUCCAAGUCCGCCUGGCAGGAGCGCGGCGGCGACGACUGCGGCCGAGGCAGCCGGAGACAGCGGCGGGGCGCGGCCGGCGGGGGCAGCACCCGGGCGCCCCCUGCGGGCAGCGGCGGCGGAGGCCCGGCGGCGGCGGCCGCGGCAGGCGGGACGGAGGUGCGCCCCCGCUCGGUGGAGCUGGGCCUGGACGAGCGGCGGGGCAAGGGCCGCGCAGCCGACGACCUGGAGGCCCGGGCCGUCGAGGGGGACGAGGGGGCCGGGGAUGGCGGCAGCUCGACGGGCUCGGACUCGGGCCCGGGAGCGGUGCUGUCUCUGGGCGCCUGCUGCCUGGCGCUGCUGCAGAUCUUCCGCUCCAAGAAGUUCCCAUCGGACAAGCUGGAGCGACUGUACCAGCGCUACUUCUUCCGCCUGAACCAGAGCAGCCUCACCAUGCUCAUGGCCGUGCUGGUGCUCGUGUGCCUCGUCAUGCUGGCCUUCCACGCCGUGCGGCCCCCGCUCCAGCUGCCUUACCUGGUGGUGCUGGCAGCCGCCGUGGGUGUGAUCCUCAUCAUGGCGGUACUCUGCAACCGCGCAGCCUUUCACCAGGACCACAUGGGUCUGGCCUGCUACGCGCUCAUCGCCGUGGUGCUGGCGGUGCAGGUGGUGGGCUUGCUGCUGCCCCAGCCGCGCAGCGCCUCCGAGGGAAUCUGGUGGACAGUGUUCUUCAUCUACACCAUCUACACACUGCUGCCCGUGCGCAUGCGGGCCGCGGUGCUCAGCGGAGUUCUUCUGUCUGCCCUCCACCUGGCCAUAGCUUUGCGCACCAACGCCCAGGACCAGUUCCUGCUCAAGCAGGUCCUCUUUCAUCAUCAUGUUCCAGGAACUGAAAACUUGCCCCCGCCCCAGAGUCUUCCUUUACAGUACACCAUAUCCAGUCCAAGUUCGGCUUUGUGUUUUCCCUUCUGAUAAGAACACUUUAUAGUCACAGGUACCUGGUCCUCACUUUUCCUGGUCAUCAUUCCUCCAUCUCCUUGAAUCCAGCUUGUCCCAAACUAGCAUUCAUCAUCAUCACUUAAGGUGUAUCUGCUUUGUCAGAAUCGGUUCUCUUUC